CCAGGCGCAGUCAGGAGCCUCGUUGCGAAAGUGGACGGUUGUUAAAGAUCAGAUAAGCCACUCUGGGAAUGGGACCACAAAUCAGAAGCAAGAAAAACUUUGCCUUCUUUCGGGUCUUCCCACUCAGAAGACGCCUCUUCAUCCAAAGGGAAUAAACUUUUCCUCUGAGCAGAAGAAGGAACAGGUGUAAGAAAACCACAAAUGGGAUAAAGUAGGGGUAUUGUUUCGUCUUAUUCCCUUGCCAAACAGGUAUGAAGGUUGCAAGUCUUUUACUUACAACCAUUUUAAAAGUUGGAGGUGUAAGAAUAGAGCCACUGACUUUUUAAAGAUAUUUAUGAUAUGCUUUAAACUGAGGUGUGGAGAUCCUGUAGUCUACACAGGCUCUGUCCUAGAAUAAAGCAACGGAAGUCUUUUGUUAGAAAGGCUGUGAUUUCUAAAGGUGCGUCUCUGGGGCCCUGGUGUAUGGCGCUAAAAGGUGUCGGAGAAGGCAGAGAGGUUUAUUGGUUUCCAUCUGAGUUGCAAUGGCAAAGUGGUUCAAGGAGUUCCCCAUCAAUCUGAAGAAUGGUACCGACAGGAUCCGCUCAGCCUCCGAGUCCGGCUCACAACCAAGAGCCAAUAAAGGCGGCCUGGUGGCCAGCAUUGGUACCAAAACAACAGGCUCCAAAACGGGCCACCGCAAAAACUCCUCUGCUGACAGCACAGGAGGAGGUGGUGGUGGAGGAGUUGGGUCUCUCCUGUCCGGAAGAAACCGAAAGAACUCAGCCAUAGAGCUGAAUAGAAACGGUGUCACCUCCCCGAAAGAUGGAAAAGUUUGGGACACGCUCCUGUCUGGCAAGAGUCGCAAGAACUCCAAAGCGGAGCCGGUGUUUGAGGAGCAGCAAAGACCCCCGAAGAGCUCCCCGUCUGCCAAUGCCUACAUCAACCGGCUGAUCAGAGUGGACAAACAGGACAAAAGCCCCAACUUCAACAGCGGUACCAUCAGCAGCCAAGUGGUACCGGAAGCAGAGAAACCAGCCCAGUGCAAGACAGAGACAGUGAUAAUUCUUGAGGAUUACGCAGAUCCAUUUGAUGCUCAGAAGACCAGAGAGCAAAGGGAGGCAGAGAGGGUCGGGGAGAAUGACGGUUACAUGGAGCCCUACGACGCCCAGCAGAUGAUUACUGAGAUCAGACGUCGGGGGUCCAAGGACCUGCUGAAGGUGUGUGUGGUGAUGGAGGGGAGCGAGGGGGUGGUGGAGGAAGGUCAGUCUGCGCCCCUACAGAUCUAUGAUGUCCCAUAUGAGGGAAGCGGUGACGGUGACAAGACGGCGGUCACGCGGCCGGAGCUGGACCCUCGUCCCUCCACUGAGUACGAGCUGCCGUGGGAGUGGAAGAAGGAGCACAUUGUCAAAACUCUGUCAGCACAGUUUGACAGCCCUGAACGCCCAGCCAAAGAUGAGACACCUCACCCCACGCUCACCAGGCAGCCCCAGCAUCCACCAGCCCAGCCGCUGUCACAGCAUCAGCAUCUGAGGCAGAAGAGCUGGACCCAGAAGAUCCUGCGAUCCUCACCCCCGACCCUGUCACCUCCCUCCACCCCGGGCAGCAGCCCUGACACCGAGGCCUGCUGCGUGGACCCCUCCCUGCCCCUGGAAAAACAGAGCUGGUACCAUGGCUGUGUGACUCGCCAGGAGGCGGAGUUUCAGCUGCAGUCCUGCAAAGAGGCCAGCUUCCUGGUCAGGAACAGUGAGUCGGACAACAGCAAGUACUCCAUCGCCCUCAAGACGAGCCAAGGCUGUGUUCAUAUCAUUGUCGCCCAGACCAAAGAAAACGGCUACACCCUGGACCAGAGCAGCUGCGUGUUCCCCAGCAUCCCAGAGGUGGUGCACCAUUACUGCACUCAGCGCCUGCCUUUCAACGGCGCCGAGCACAUGACCCUGCUGCACCCGGUGCCUCGCAUCCACUGACUCCACCCCAGCCCACGUUAGGUAGAGCCUACAAAACAAACACACCUCUGGGCCUGCAUUGACAAAAAUGUUUCCAAACAUCAGUCACAACCUCAUUUCUGAUCAAUGAAGCUCAACGUGUACUUCAAGUCUCUUAUUUGUAUGUCACUACCUUAUGUGUGUGUGUGUGUGUUUUUUUAAAUUUGAUCAUCAGGAAAUGUUUGCGGCUCACCCCGUGUCUUGAAACUCUUGAUGGCUUCUUCUUUCUUUAUUCUACCUUGAUGAUCAGCUGAUGAAAAACACCCAGGCUGCUGUUUUGCAUGUGAACGAGGGGGAAGCACGAGGCACUUUUAUUGAUUAAAUGUGACCUGAGGUUGGAUUUGAACAGGACUCAAACAUAGAUGUGAUGUUUUAAAAGAUACAUAUGCUAUUUUUUAUUAUUUUUUACAAAGUGAAUUUAUUAUGAAGCUGAAAAUACUUUAGACAUUGACACAUGUUUGUGGCUCUCUUUCUCCCUCUGGUGGAUGUGCUGGUACACUGCACCGACUUGCCAACAUAAAGAAUUUUCUUCCUUCCUUGAAGUUUAUAGUUGGUAAAAAUCCAUGCACAUUAGCGUAUCAUUCCACUUAUCAAGAUAUGAACAAAUAUCAGCUGUUUUAUCUUUAUGCUCGCGGCAGAUUUCUAAUUUAUGCUCUUGUACUUGUUAGUUUUCUGUAACCACUGUCCCCUGAGGUUUUCCUCUGUUGUACUGUGAAUGAGGGAGUUGUUUCUACUGUAUUAUCUGCACUGUGAAGAGUGAGUGAUUCACCCUGAUGCAAUGUGCUUGAAGGAGGAAUGGCUCUACAAUAGUCAGAGCUAUUUAGGACAAGAACUGAGACCACAUUUCAUUUUCAGUUGUUAAUUCUGGGGAAUAUCUAUAAAAUAAUCCUGAAAGUUAUUGUGAUCUGCGGUAAGGAAACAUCGUAAAGUUAAAGUUGAAACUUAUUUUUGGUGUACAAAUGUGGACAAGAAAUGACUGACACAUACUCAAAUAAUGGAAGCAAGAAAAAAAAUUUAAAUACAGUAUCAGCAUAAAAGAAAUUCCAGUCUUGUCAUCGCCCCUCUCUUUUCUAAUAUUGUUUAUUCCGACCCCUGUUGCUAAAAGAUAAUGCUGUUCUCAGUGUAAUGCCCCCUGGUGCUAAGAGGCAGAGCAGCAAAUUGAGAAGUGAUAGCUAUAUUAUCUUCACUCUCUUAUUUCUCUUUGUAUACUCUUAAUGUAACUCUGACUUGGGGUGUAUGCUGAAAAUCAUUUGGGCAACUCUGACCUGCAACGCAGCCUGAUGUUAGCCAGCAGACUGACAACAAAAUAUGGUAAAACUCAGGUCACUUUUUCUUUUUUCUUUUUUUUUUUUUUCUUUUUUGGCGGUCUGCCACUCCUGAGUCUUUUCAAGGAUUUAAAGGGAAGUCAGUUUGUGGUUUUUGGCAGAGUGUUCAAGCAGAGGUAAUCCAAGGAGACACACCUGCUAUACAUUUUUCACCGAUGUCUUUUGAUAUGUGGAGACCUGCUGUUAGAAACGUUGUAAAACAGAUUACAAUAAAAGGUCCUGAAUCUCAAUGCCGGAGAUCCCCUGUGAGCGUCUCUCUGAUCCCAAUAAAUCAACAACAUCAACA